CAGUGGAUACCCCCAGUGCCCCUGGGGACCCCAUCCCAAGCCCAUGGGACCCCUGUCCAAGCUCCCCCUAUUCCUGUAGGUGCCCUUCUGCACCAAGAAUCCCCCCCCAGUGCCCCCAGUGUGGAGGUCUCAGCCCCAGGGCUGCUCUUCCCCCCUUGCCCCCGGGUUUGUGAAUGGGGCGCUGCCCACGCCCGUUGAUUAAGCCACGCCCCAUAGCGGAGACCACGCCCAUCUAGCGAAGCCACGCCCCCAGCGCCUUGCGGGUCCUCCGGGCUGCCAGAUCCGCUAGGGGGCGCCUGUAGAGCACUCGCAGCCUCUCGCCGUCGCUCCGCGCCGCGCUCUAUGAUCCGUGACGUCACUUCCGGGAGGCGCGGAGGCGAGGCCCUGCAGCGCCAUGUCCUCCGAGUCCAGCAAGAAGAGGAAGCCCAAGGUGAUCCGCACGGACGGGGGCCCAGCCGAGGGCAAGCGGGGCAAGGGCGACACGGACCAGGAGACACAAACGCUCCUCUGGAGAGCGAGCACAAAGCUGGAAGAUCCCUCAGGGAUUUGCAUGGUGCCUUCAAACCCUCCCGUGAGCAGCAGGGAUGUCAGGUACUACAGCGAGGAGAGCGAGGUGGAUCUGCGCGACCCCAUCAAGGACUACGAGCUCUACAGGGAGACCUGCCAGGAGCUGCAGAGGCUCAUGGCAGAGAUCCAGGAGCUGAAGAGCAGGGGCAUCAAGGAAAAUGCCUCGGAGAUCGACGAGCGGCGCGUGCAGAGCUGCGUCCACUUCAUGACCCUGAAGAAGCUGAACCGCCUGGCUCACAUCCGGCUGAAGAAGGGCAGGGACCAGACCCACGAGGCAAAGCAGAAGGUCGAUGCUUAUCACCUGCAGCUCCAGAACCUGCUCUACGAGGUGAUGCACCUGCAGAAAGAGAUCACCAAGUGCCUGGAGUUCAAAUCCAAACACGAGGAGAUCGAGCUGGUGAGCCUGGAGGAGUUCUACAAAGAGGCCCCCCCUGAAAUCAGCCGCCCUGCCAUCACCCUGACAGAGCCCCACCAGCAGACCCUGGCCCGCCUGGACUGGGAGCUGGAGCAGCGCAAGAGGCUGGCAGAGAAGUACAAGGAGUGUCUGACCAGCAAGGAGAAGAUCCUGAAGGAGAUUGAGGUGAAGAAGGAAUAUCUGAGCAGCCUCCAGCCUCGACUCAACAGCAUCAUGCAGGCCUCCCUGCCUGUCCAGGAGUACCUGUUCAUGCCCUUUGACCAGGCUCACAAGCAGUACGAGACCGCCCGGCACCUCCCGCCGCCUCUCUACGUCCUCUUCGUCCAAGCCAGUGCCUAUGGACAGGCCUGUGAUAAAAAGCUGGUGGUGGCCAUUGAAGGGAGCGUGGAGGAAGCCAAAGCCCUUUACAAGCCACCUGAGGACUCGCAGGAUGAUGAGAGCGAUUCCGACGCAGAGGAGGAGCAAACCACGAAGCGGCGCAGACCCACCCUGGGCGUGCAGCUGGACGACAAGCGCAAGGAGAUGCUGAAGCGACACCCCUUGUCUGUCACCCUCGACCUGAAGUGCAAAGAUGAGAACAUGCUUCACCUGACCUUCCACUACCUGAUGAACCUCAACGUCAUGACAGUGAAAGCCAAGGUGACCACUGCUGUGGAGAUGACCACGGCCAUCAGUGCUGGGGACCUGCUCUCCCCAGACUCCCUCCUCAACUGCCUCUAUCCAGGGGACCACGGCAGGAAAACGCCCAACCCGGCCAACCAGUUCCAGUUUGAUAAAGUGGGCAUCCUGACCCUGAGUGACUACGUGGCAGAGCUGGGGCACCCCUACGUGUGGGUGCAGAAGCUGGGCGGCCUGCAUUUCCCCAAGGAUCAGCCUCAGCACACGGUGGCUGCUGACAAUUCCCUGAGUGCCAGCCACAUGGAGCUGACGGUGAAGCUGCUCCGGAGCCGCCUGCAGUCCCGCCUGGCCCUGCACAAGCAGUUUGCAUCCCUCGAGCACGGUGUUGUGCCCGUGUCCAGCGAGUGCCAGCAGCUCUUCCCGACCAAAAUCGUCUCACGCCUGGUGAAGUGGACUGCCAUUCCCUAUGAGGAUUAUGCUGAGCUGCCCUACACUAAGGAUGUGAUAGAGGCUGGCUUGGCUGAAGACACUCACCUCUACUACAUGGCCCUGAUAGAGAGGGGAACAGCCAAGCUGCAGGCAGCUGUGGUGCUGAACCCUGGUUAUUCCACGCUGCCUCCUGUCUUCAGCCUGUGCCUGAACUGGAAGGGAGAGAGGAACAGCAGCAACGACGACAACAUUCGGGCCAUGGAGAGCGAGGUCAAUGUGCACUACAAGGAGCUGUGGGGCCCCAAACCCGGCUACCAGCUGCUCACCAACCAGCUGCAGCGCCUGUGCAUGGUGCUGGACGUGUACCUGGAGACAGAGCCCCAUGAUCCCAGCGUGGAGGGGCCCAAGGAGUUCCCCCAGGAGAAGAUGUGUCUGCGCCUGGUCAGGGGUCCCCUGCGCCUGAAACCUUUCAAGUUCAACUACCCCCAGGGGUUCUUCAGCCAUCGCUGAGCAGCCUUGGGCAUCAUUCUGGGAUGGGACUCGUUCACUGUGGGGGAAGGGGUGUCCCCAUCCUGACAUUUCUGCUCCUUUUACGAUAUUUUGGGUUUUGUUUGAGGGUUUUGUAGUCCGAGGGAUUAAAC